UUCGGCCAUUAUAAGAUGCACAUCUUCGACGCCCAGCUCGUCUCACAAGUCACAACCGAAGCAAACGGGAAAAAAAAUCUAGUUGCGUAUCUUUCUUUUCCAGCUAGUUAGGCUCCUUGGAUAUAUAGCUGUGACAAUGUCCAAGAUAAGCAGCGUCGUCUCCGGUCUCAUCAAGAGUCAGCGAAGCUACGGCGUGUACGCGAGAGCGGUGAACGUUCACGGCUCCGCUGCCGCCGCCGUGGGGAGGGCGGCGGCCGACGGCGGCGGCGCGGCGGAUGGCGGGAGGGCGACGGGCAACAAGGACGUGUUCUGGAUGAGGGAUCCCAAGACCGGCUGCUGGAUCCCGGAGAACCGGUUCCAAGAGGUCGACGCCGUGGAGCUCCGCAACCGGCGCUGCUCCACCACAAGUGAAGAACAGUGACCGGCAUGUGGGCUAAUACUAUCGUAUAACAUCGCCAAAUGAUUUCGAGGCAUCCGACGAAACAGAGAAUGUUUGCAGGUGGAGUAUAUACAUGUAUGCUCAUGUAAAAUAGAGUCCAGAUGGGACGAGAUACGAUCGACCCAUCUUAUCCAUCCCACUUUUGUGUGUUAUGUAUACCAUCAAAGUCACGUGAACAAACUAUCUCUUCCAGACUCCUUUUACUUUCUUUCCUCAGAUUUGUUAGGAUUUUGUGUGGGCUUAAAGAGAUAGAUAUGAUAAGAGUGUGAGUUUUAGAAUGAGCUAAUUGGAUUCAUGCCAUUACAAUUACUAUUUAUUGUAUCA